GAAGUCCAAAGGACAGGCAUCGGCCUCGCCGUCUACUCGUCGCCAUGCUCACAAGCGCCAUGACUGCAGCAGCAGGCGCAUCGCGCUUCGCACCGAGGAACAUCGCGUCGUCGUCGUCGCGAAUGAUGAGCACCAGGAUCGCAGCGUCCCCCUUGCGACCUCGACCUACUCCGUCUUCACUCAUCGUCAAGCGUAUGGCUUCGACCGACUCCUCUGCCUCCUCGCAACCGGCCACCUCCUUCCUUCAGCGUCAUCGCAUCGUCCGAUACUGUGUGUGGGGCACCUUCAGCAUCGUCUUUGGCGUAUCAGCCACCAUCGCCAUCAUUCUCGGCCACGAUGCAUUCACUUAUCGCCAUGUACGCUUGGGUGAUGUACCCUGCUCACCUCUCGCUCUUCAUCCGGAGUCGGGCGGUCCAAAGAAUCUGCCCAUCGUAAGCGAGUUCGUCGAGGAGAGCCAGGAGGACGAGCUCGGGAAGGAGCUCAAGGGCAAAGAGAAGCUAGUCAUCGUAGGAGGAGGAUGGGCCGCAGUCAGUCUGCUCUCCAAGUUGGAUCCAGGCAGGUACAACGUCACCCUUGUCUCGCCCAACAACUUCUACCUCUUCACCCCGCUCCUCCCCUCUGCUACGGUAGGAACCGUCGAGCCCCGCUCUCUCAUUGAGCCGAUCCGCAAGGUAUUGAGCAGGCAUCGCGGCCAUUACGUGCAGGGUAAGGCCGUCGAUGUCGAGUUCGGAUCAGAUCGGAUGCCUGCGGACGGAGGAGCUCAGCGUCUGCUCGAGGUUCAGCUGGUAUCGGCCGAGGACAGAGAAGCUGGCAGAUCACACCCUGAGGCCGGGCCUGAGGAUACGGCGAGUAGGCCGGAGGUAGAGGGGAGGAGGAUCUACAUUCCCUACGAUAAGCUCAUCGUGGCCGUUGGUUCGGUGACUUCCACACACGGCGUGCCUGGGCUGGAGAACGCUUUCCAUCUCAAGGAGAUUGACGACGCUCGCGGCAUCCGCUCGCGCAUUCUUGACAACCUCGAGAUUGCCUCCCUCCCUACCACGACCCCCGAGGAGCGCAAGCGUCUCCUCUCCUUUGUCAUCUCAGGUGGAGGCCCCACGGGCGUCGAGACGGCCGCCGAGAUCUACGACAUGCUGAAUGAGGACGUCCUCGACUACUUCCCCAAGCUGCUUCGCUCCCAAGCCAAAGUCUCGCUCAUCCAAUCUCGCGAGCACAUCUUGAACACGUACAGCGAGAAGAUCAGCAAGUAUGCGGAAGACAAGUUUGCCCGAGACGAGGUUGACAUCAUUACGAACGCGAGGGUGAAGGAAGUCAAGCCGAACUCGGUCACGUACACGGUCAAGGACAAGGAGACGGGCAAAGUGCAGGAGCACGAGAUUGGGAGCGGGAUGACGCUGUGGAGUACCGGCAUUGCGAUGAGUCCCUUCACGAAGGCGCUUGUGAACAAAUUGCCCAACCAGAGCCACCUGAAGGCGCUGUUGGUCGACUCGCAUUUGAGAGUGCAGGGCACGCCCACGGGAAGCGUGUACGCGCUCGGUGAUGCAAGCACGGUCAAUUCGCGACUCAUUGACUCUCUUUACGAAUUCGUCGACCAAGUAGACACGCAGCACAAGGGCGAGCUCACCUUCGAUGAGUUCGCCUCCCUCGCCCAACGAGUACGCAAACGCUAUCCUCUAUCCUCCAAGCACUUCGAGAAGCUCCGCGACCUCUUCGAGAAGUUUGACGUAGACCACAACGGAACGCUCUCCCUCAACGAGAUCAGCACCAUGUUCCUCGAAAUCCAAUCCAAGGUGACCUCCCUACCGGCGACGGCCCAAGUAGCUAGUCAGGAGGGCAAAUACUUGGCGGGCAAGCUGAACAAGCUUGCAAAGCUGAAGAGCCAGGGGAAGCUCUACCCGCAGGACGAGCCGGGAGACGCGGCGGACGUUGCGGCUGCGCGAUUGGGCUACGAUGUGGACGAUGAGCAUUACAAGGCCUUCUCCUACAUGAGCCUCGGCUCUCUCGCCUUCCUGGGCAACGCCGCGGCCGUCGAUGGGCUGCCGUACCUGCCGCAGUCGUUGAGUAGCUUGGCGGGCGGCCUUGUGGCAAUGUAUGCCUGGAGGUCAGUGUAUUUGAGCGAGCAGUGUAGCAUGAGGACGCGCAUGCUUCUGAUGAGCGAUUGGGUCAAGAGGGGAAUUUGGGGAAGGGACCUGAGUAGGUUGUAGAGCGCGCGAGUGGCGCGUUGGGGUUCUUUGGACGUCACUGCUCGAACUUCAAUGCAAUGUUGUUGCUUCUCCCAGCAAGCUUCUGUGCUUCACGUCUAUCGAUCAUCACUGCCUGACAAGAAUGCACUGCAUGCCAUUU